AUGUGGAGAGAUCCUGGAGUUCCUGCUGACUCUUUCUAUGAAGUCCGCCCUGAAUGCACUGAUGUCCCCAAGUCUCGAUUUAGAAUCAAGGCUGGUAAGACUCUAAGUGAAAGAAAGUGGAAAGCUGCAUUUUCUCCAGAAGGAUAUUUAGAUAUAGGAAAGACUCUAAGCCGAAUUCAUCGUGGGGGAAUCCAUCCAUCAAUUAGAGGAGAAGUUUGGGAAUUUCUACUUGGUUGCUAUGAUCCCAGGAGCACCAUUGAGGAAAGAGAUGAGAUAAGGGAGCGCAGAAGGGAGCAAUAUGCUAAAUGGAAGGAAGUGUGCCAAAACCUGUUUCCUCUGGUAGGAAGUGGGAGAUUUAUUACAGCACCUGUAAUUACUGAAGAUGGUCAACCAAUUCAUGAUCCUUUGGUUCUUUUGGAAACACAUCCUGACAAUGGAGUAAUUGUUCCAACUCCUGAGGCUGCCAAUGCCAAACCUUCAUGCACUGCUGAAAGGGUCACUGACAAGAGAAUCAUUCAAUGGAUGCUAACCCUCCAUCAAAUAGGUCUUGACGUGCUUCGAACUGAUAGAACACUAGUUUUUUAUGAGAAGAAAGAGAACUUGGCCAAAUUGUGGGAUAUUCUUGCUGUCUAUGCUUGGAUAGAUACUGAUGUUGGCUAUUGUCAAGGAAUGAGUGAUCUAUGCUCCCCUAUGAUAAUGCUUCUAAGUGACGAAGCUGAUGCAUUUUGGUGCUUUGAGCGUCUAAUGCGUAGACUGAGAGGAAACUUUAGAUGCACCGAUAGCUCUGUGGGGGUGGAGGCUCAACUAACCAAUCUAGCUGAGAUUACUCAAAUAAUUGAUCCUAAACUUCAUCAGCACUUAGAGCAUCUUGGUGGUGGUGACUAUCUCUUCGCUUUUCGAAUGUUAAUGGUUCUAUUUCGUCGAGAAUUUUCCUUUUGUGAUUCGUUGUACCUGUGGGAGAUGAUGUGGGCUCUAGAAUAUGAUCCAAACUUGUUCUGGGUGUAUGAAGAGGCAGAAGCAGAAAAAUCAGAGGAAGCAAAACUAAGAUUAAAGUCAAUGCGUCAUUAUGGGAAGUAUGAGAGAGAGUACAUGAAGAAUGGAGCAGCAAAAGAUGCUCAUCCUCCUCUUCCUAUUUCUAUUUUCCUUGUUGCCAGUGUUUUAAAAGAAAAAAGCGCCGUACUUCUCCAGCAAGCACGUGGCUUGGAUGAUGUUGUCAAGAUAUUGAAUGAUGUAAAUGGAAAUCUUGACGCCAAAAAGGCUUGUAUUGCGGCACUUAAACUUCACAAGAAAUAUUUGAAAAAGCAAGCACAGCAGAAAGCACUGAAAGCCGCAGCAUCAUAGCACCAAAUAAAGCACAUGACGUGGCAUCCCGUGC